UCCGACUGAACGCCGCUGCGCAUGCAUGCCAUAUUUUUUUAAUGUGUAUUUGCCUCUGUCAUUUACGCCUAUGAGUUAUUCCCAGAGCUAGUUCGUUUGCCUCGGACUCCCGGUCCUGCUUCGGCAUGUCGGCGGCAAGAGAGCGGAGCAGCGGUCCGACAGGUGACUCGGAACCGCAGGAGGCCGAGGAGUUCACCUGCUCGACCCACUGCUCGGAGCUCUCCCGCAGGCAGAACGAGCAGAGGAAGUCGGGGCUCUUCUGCGACGUCACGCUGGUCUUCAGCUCCGGAGGAGGUGGUGGUGUUGGGACGACCCGGACCGUGUCCGCCCAUCGCUCCGUGUUAUCCGCGGCGUCCGAGUACUUCAGGCUGCUGCUGGGCGGACAGUUUUCAGAGUCCGUGUCCGGGCGAGUGGAGCUGAAAGAAUGGAGCUCCGCCACGGGACCCGAAGCGGAGACCGUGGAGGGUGUUAUUCAGUUUAUGUACACGGGACACAUCCGGGUAACCACCGCCAGUGUGCACGAAGUGUUGGAACUUGCGGACAGGUUCCUGUUGGCGCAGCUGAAGAACUUCUGCGGAGCGUUUCUGAUGGAGAAGUUGAACUUAUCCAACUGCAUAGCAGUGCACAGCCUCGCCCACAUGUACACCUUGGACCUGCUGGCCCAGGGAGCCGCCAAGACCAUCCGAACAAACUUCAGCAAAAUCAUCCGCAACGAGGAGUUCUUCGCGCUCCCGUUUCACCUGGUGCGGGACUGGCUGUCCGACUCUGGAAUCAACGUGGACUCUGAGCAGGAGUUGUUCGAGGCCGUGGUCAAAUGGGAGCGCCAAAACGCCGAGGAGAGAGGGCCGCACUUUGAGGAGCUGUUCGCCCUUUUGAGACUUACUCAGAUUUCUCCCUCCCACCUGACGCGGGUGGUGAGAAAGGAGCCCCUGGUGGCAAACAGUGCCGCGUGCCAACAACUGGUGUGCGACGCCCUCGAGGUCCACGCCAUCCACGCCGAGCACCUGAACCGAUCCGCUGACUGGGAACUCCACGCGACCUACGAUGCAGCCAUCCACCCCCGUCUCGGCCAGAACAUGGACGUGAUCAUGGUGGUGGGUGGCGUGUCGGAAGGCGGCGACUACCUGAGCGAGUGCGUGGGCUACUUUGUCGCCGAGGACCGUUGGGUUAACCUGCCGCACCUUCACAACCACCUGGAUGGACACGCCAUCGCCGUCACCGACAGCCACGUGUACGUGGCCGGCUCCAUGGAGCCGAGCUUCGCCAAGACGGUGGAGCGCUUCAACCCCAGCCUCAACGCCUGGGAGGAGGUCAACAGCUUAGACACCCGCAAGCACUCCUUCGGCCUCACCUGUGUCAAAGACUUGCUGUACUGCAUCGGGGGCCACGGCAACUUCAGCGCGGGCUUUAAGGACGUCACCGUCUUCAAGCCCGAGCUGGACGAGUGGCACAAUUUGGAGCCGGCGCCGAAGAUACUGCGCGACGUGAAAACCGUGAGCGUAGAGGACCGCUACAUAUACGUGAUGGCGAGGACUCCCGUGGACAGGGACGACGAGCACGGCCUGAGCACCCUGACCACCCGCUACGAUACGGAGAGCCGCGCGUGGCAGGAGGCGGACUCCCUGCCGCUGAUCGACAACUACUGCGUUUUUCAAAUGGCCGUCGCGUCCACCAACUUCUACCACACGGCGUCCUGCUGCGCGAAGAGCUACGAGGCAACAGCCGAGGCCGCCGAGCAGAAAACGAGCAAAGACAUCAGCGACGACAUCCUGGGGAGCCUCCCUCCGGAGGUCCUCAGCAUGGAAGGGGCCGCCGUCUGCUACCUGGGCGACGACAUAUUCAUCAUCGGCGGAUGGAGGAACUGCAACAACAUGGACAAGCAGUACCGCAAGGAGGCCUACAGGUACUGUGCCGAGAGGAAGCGCUGGAUGCUGCUGCCCCCCUUGCCUCAGCCGCGGUGCCGCGCCGCCGCCUGUCACGUUCGCAUCCCGUACCGCUGCCUUCACGGUUGCCAGCACUACCCGAUGCCGCAGAACCUGGCUCGCCAGCGAGAGCGCAUGCAGCAGAUGCAGCAGCUCCAUCGCCGCACGCUCACUCUGCGCAGACAGCUGCAGUCUCAAAUCGAAUGUUGAGGGAUUCCUUUAGUUGGUACUUCAUUUGCUGAUAAAAUUGUUGUUGCUUCCAUGAAACAUGUAGCUUAUUUAUGUUUUUGCGUUUGUUUAGAUGAAAUGCCUGCAUAUCCUUUCAUUGGCCAGGUUUUUAAAAAGAAUUAGGUUUUUAAGAAUUAGAAACGAUUCUAAAUGAUCAGUUUCACAUUAUAUUAUUGGCUCACGCCUUACUUUUAUUUUGCUAGAGAUCUGUAAAAGUUGCUGACUUCAAGCAACUGUAACCUGUGAACAGCUGAUGAUGACGUCAUACUGUAUGUUUUGAUGCAAGUUAGUUGCACCUGGAAUCCAAGAAGAGUUCAGCUUUGAGAUGUAAACUUAGCAAAGUAGAUUAUGUCUGUUCAUUGUGAUGUUUUCCAGAAGAAAAUCAUUAAUUAAAAGGAGUUCAGUUAGAAGAUGCGGUAUAACAACUAGCUGAGUUAACUUUUUACUCCUCUCUACCUGCACCUUUUUGUUUUCUACCUCCAGUUUCCGUCAUGCUUGUUUGCACUGUAUCUAAAUGUCGAUCGUCUGCAGUGUGAAUGUUUUGUGACUUUAAACAGAUGAUCAUAUAUCAGAAGUUUUGUAGCAAGUUAUGAGCAAAGCACAUAUUGGGGAACAGAGUGUUCAAUGAUUAUUGGUUUCCCACUUUUUUGUCAUUCCAAUGGAUGCUUUAUAAAUAUGUAUCAAUUCAUUUUA